UGCAUCUCUGGUCCGAGGCUGGUCUCGAGCGUCGCGUCAUUCCUUCCCCGCGGUCCGUUCACGGUAGUACCGUUUCAUCUUCUCUCCGCGCACCCUUUUCUCGUCCCUGUCCCCCGUUCGUCGGCGGGCCGAGCACGAAAGCGGCGGCGGCAACAGUUAGUUCCCUCGUUCCACCUGUUUCCUCGUCCGCUAAUCUAUUCUUCCGCUGGGUCCCUCUUCCCCGUCCCUUCACGGCUCGGUUCGGCUCGGAUCGGAUCAGUUCGGUUCGGCCCGGUCGUGGCUGUUCGGUUCGGUCGCGUCCGAUCGGAUCAGUUCGAUUCGGUCGAGUUCGGUACAGCCCGAUCCAGUUCGGAUCGGUACAGUUCGAUUCAGUUCGGAUUAAUUCGGUCCGGUUGGCUGGCCGUUGACCGAUAAGCGUCACUGUCACGGCCGAAGAAAGAAGAGGUCGGGAUCCCUGGCGCCACGCCGACAGCUGUUCCGGCUCCCCUCCACACCGGACCGUCGGCCCAACGUCGCAGGCCCGCAGCAAGAGGUCCCAACGCCGGCACCCGGAAACCACGGGCCCGCCGCUACCAUGUCUCUCAUCGCCGGCUGCUUCCGACGGCUCACCGAGACACCGGCGAAAGCGAACGAGCUGAAGGGCUACAAGGUCACCGACGUGAGCCGCACGAGGAAGUUCGGCGUGGCCUGCAGGAGCCUGCAGGAGUUGAAGCGGAAAGCGUGCGCCAAGCUGAACGUGACCAAUGACCUCGCCGAAGUCAAUGUUUUCCUACUGGAUGGAUCCCAGAUCGACGAGGAAUAUUUUUAUACUCUGGAGGCGCAGACUACGUUGAUCGUGCAGAAACCUGGGGAGAAGGUUCUAAGCGACGCGGACCUUCUUUACGACACCUUGAGGCGCGUCAACAUCGAUUUCCUGACUGCUGGAGAUAAGGCGUCCGAGUUCCUCACGGAGAACCUUAAGGCAAAGGUCGCGAUUCUGAAUAAUGCGCUGAAUAAGGAUGACUCGAAGAUCGUGUUCAGCAGCAGGGACGAACAUCCGGAGUGGUUUUUUGGUUUGGAGACGAACUACACCACCAAGGAGGCGUACAUGCACCGCAGAUGUCAGGACAGGAUACGAGGGUACCUGUACAAGACGAUCGAUCAGAUCAAAUCGUCGGAGACGUUCGCGAACGACCAUCGAGCGAGGAAGCAGCUACUGUACGCCAUAACGUUCUUCAAGAUGCAGCUGAAGCAGGACCACUACUUCGGCCACUAUUUCGAUCGGACGCGAGCGGCGAUCGAGUCAGCUGGCAACGUCGACGAAAGAGACUCCGCUACUUGCUACGAUCACUGUCCCUGCCGGUUGAGCCAGCUCGAGGACAGUGCGUACUUCCGGCUGUUCGGGACGACGGACGCGUCCUGCGUGGACGGCGCCGCCAAGAAGAAGGCCAAGCUGAACUCGAGGUCCAAGGAGGAGGAGGCUCAGGAUGACUGUCCGUACGUGAUCAGGACGAAGGAGAGGCAACCGUGCGUCGCCAUAUGCGAUCGCAAAGGCGAGUUCAGGUGCAGCGGCGUCUGGAACGCCGACAUCUGUGCCUACGGGGAUAGACACAGGAUUAACCCCUAUAGGUCCAGGGAGGAGCUCGUUCUGUUCUCUACAUGGAACUUCGACCACAAGAUCGAGAGGUCAAGGACCCUGGUGCCGCAACUGUUGCAGCUGUUGUCGCAGGGAGUGGCGAAAGAUGAGGACAUUCUCGAGCUUUACGACAAUCUGUUCACGGCAAAGAAUCUGAGGCUGGUGCACAUCGUGUGCCACGACAAAGGCGCGCACAAAUGAACGUUUCCGGUGAGAGGGAACCGUCGCCGGAACACAAUUCCCCAUAAUGGGAAUCUACCUCCGCGUUUGACACGCAGAACGAUUGCGUAUUAUGUGAACGAAUGGGCUGGAAACCGGUUUCGUGCGACCAAAACUGUUUCAGCGCUAUUUUAAGAUUCAAGAUUACGGUGCUGCAGAAUAUUAUGAAACCAAAACUGUGCGUUAAUACUUAACGAUUUGCAGUCGAGUGAAGAAAUACGAGAAAUGUGUCAGAUCCGUCUUCGCAGGAGUGAGGAUGGGUGCCGCAUGCGCCGGGAGUCAGACGGCGGUUCUGUGACGUUAUCCCCACUCCUCCAAAGCCAGAUCUGGCUUAGUUCUCUGCGAACACCGGCUGCGACCCUAAGGCACCACUAAAAGUUGUCAUAUCACGUUCCAAAAUAAUUUCGAUGUUGCCAAAUUUCUUUAAAUUUUAAACACCGUGAAAAUUGUAUCUGUUGCGUGAGUCACAGAAUACAAUUUCAUAGGUAUAGAAUUCGCUAGGUAAAAUACAGUAGGUCAGAAAAGCUAUUUUAUAUUUCUAAUAAAAAUGGCUUCGACUGCAAGAGUUUAAAAAAUUAAGGUGAACUCUAUUUUGUAUAAAGCAAGAUUUUGUUUUUAAGUUUCUUGUAGCAAAAUUUGCGUACAAACGGGGAAAGAUUCUUUCGUCGGUCCAUCGAGAAUUUCUGAAAAAUUUUCGAAACUAUUAUUCGUACCAUCUAAUCGAUUGUACGAAAAAAAACGAUUUGUCAGAAUGUGAAAUUCGAACGAUUGAAUUUUGGCCGAAACAGGUGCUCCAGCCCAGCGUGUAACGCGCGAGCGAGCGUGCACUGUCUGCGAAACGCAGUUGAUAGUUGGAUAGAUUUAAGACGUUUGUUAAAUGUCGCAUCCGGCAGCAUUCCGUUGCGCGGCGAGUAACGAGAGAAGCGAACGAAUCACAAGUAAUACACACCGUUUCUGAGGAUCUGUCGUGAUUUUCAAUUUGGUGCACGUUUCCUAGACCUUUCUACGUUCGAUAUACUACAGACUGCAAGGGAGACGCGUUGCGCCGUGGAUGCGUUUGAAUUUUCCCGCCGAUACACUGCACUUCUUCAAAGGAAUCAGCGCGUCAACGAACUCUUACGAGAUCCAAGCCGCGGCCGUUCAAAGUAAUUAUGCAAAUCGGUUACCUUGUGCAGGGGUCCUGGCUUUCGCCCCCAAACGGCGGAUGGGUCCCAGGGUGGGAAUACGGCGCGACGUACAUGUUACACGAUGCGAACGUCGCGCGAUUACAGCGCCAACUGCCGUGCCUCGUAAUAACUAGCGUCGCUGAGUCACGUCAACGUUCCCUCGCGUCUUCAUAGUCGCAUAGUAGCAACUUAAAGUCAUUUAAUUAUUUAAUUGUUGAGUUGUUCAAAUUCUGCUAAUUUCCAUGUAGUGUGGUAAUAAUUCUGUGUCUGCAGUUGCAACGAUUUCACGGGGCUAAGUUAAAUAAUUAUUGCACUGUUCAACGCGCAUAAUGUGCUUGAAACAAAAGAAAAUGGUACAAUGCAUCGUGUAACAUGUAUGUCGCCUGGUAUCUCCACCCUGGGACCGUCCGCCAUCUUGUAGCGAAAUCUUGGACCCCCGAUCUUCAGCACCUUGGAUCACAUAUACUACUGGACACGGCUUGUGUAUAGUGCGUGUACAGAAAAGCCAAGUGUUCAAUUAUACAUAGAUGACUCAUGAAAGAUAGUUCACUGUGAUGUCAUGUAGAUGCUUCGUCUUGACUUUAGGCAAACUAUCCGCAGCCGUGUCUAUAAUUAUAUAUGGUCUAAGCUAAGCUAAGCACCGUUGCCGUGAAUUCCUUCGAUUGCCUUGCGACGUCCAUCGGUGACGUCACGGGCAAGCAAUUCAGCAGAGUGGGGGUAGAUGGCAGUAUAGUCGACCGACGCGACGCGACCAAUCACAAACGCGGAAGCAUCCCUUGUGACUCUGCUCAACUACUCGUUAGUGAUGUCACCGAUGGAGUCACGUGACAUUUUAGGAAAUUCACAGCAAUAAUUUAGAGCGCUUGCAUGGUCCAAUAACGACCUUUGACGUGGCCAUGGUGUUAUCGGUCGGCCAGAAACGAAACGGCUUGGAUCUCAUGAAUAUAGAGUGGCGGUCAUCAUGCCGGAUAUAACUCGCACGAUCCCUAAUCGUAUCCAGCACGAUCGGAGUGUACGAUGAUCGCGUCGCACAGGGUUUGCCGCAACGGAAUGAUCGCGGAUCAUAGAGUUUAUCAAGGCGAGAGAUAUCCAGAAAGUGUACUCCAUAGAGAGAUCUUUCGAGUAUUUUUGAAAUCCGACUGGUCGACCAAAGACAAAACCAAAGUUCUGAUAUACACGUAUAUAUACACAGAUAUAUACAUAUAUAUAUUAUACAUAUUCGUUAUGGAACUUAGGGAGACGUACUUGCUCGUUGUCGCUCGGAUGUCCUCGGCCUUUGCUUUCGAGGAUUUACAGUUUUACAGGCCAACGGAGUUGCGUCAUUUUUUGCAUUCGUAAUUUUACAUUUUCGUUCGAAUUUGAAAGCGUUUGAACAAGUUCAAAUGCUUCUAUAAGAAAUCUUGUCAUUUGGAUUUUUGGAUUGCGAAAGAUGUGGUUCUGAUUUUUAGUCAGUUUAUAGCCAUUCCUAUGGCCAUGUCUACUUAAUUAAAUCAGAGUUAGUUCGAAUGUACAAAAUUCUUGAUAUAGCAGUAGUUUCUAUAAGAAAUCUUGUCUUCUGUAUUUUUGCAUUGUGAAAGAUGUUAUUCUAAUUUUUGGUCAAAGUUCAAGGUACAGCUGUAUUUUUACAUUGCGAAGGAUGUGCAGAUUUCUGGACAGUUUAUAGCCAUUCCUACAGCUCUCUCUACUUGUCUAACCCUAUCAAACUCAACGUUAGUAAUUUAAAUAACAUUGCUUAAAGACCUAAAGGUCAAUCUCAAAGGUUCCACACUGACAUAUUUGUCAACGCCUGUCCACUAGACCCAAGAGUCACGCUUUCAGACCUAACCUAAAACUGAAGUGCCACUAAUUUGCAUCUCUGAAAAACCUUAAGCGAAAGUUCAUUCAUUACCAUAACCUUGAUCCGUUCGAGUAUAAAUCUCGAUGGAAUAUACAUGGGAUAAGAAUGGUGUCAACGACGGAAUCGAGGAUCAAGGAUUUUCGAGCGGCAGCGUUCAAUGUUAUCAGGACGGGUCGGUCGAUCGUCGUUAUGGUCCCAGUGACGAAACAUUAUGGUUCCGCUGGCCUGGACCGAGCGGAGGCGUCUCUAAAAUUACGAUAUGGUCGUUGCGUGAAUCUUUGCGCGCGGUUACAUAAUCGACACGGUUUCCGUCUGGGUCAGGAUUGUCGUUCAAGGCCACCGGCGGACCGAUCGAAGGACCGCCGUUGAUUCGAGCGCUGUCGGAGAUCGGAUCCGACGCAUCCCGAAGAAUCGACGGCGUCUCGUUUACCAGCUUACAUCCUUGAAACGGUGAAACGCGUUUCACGAUUCUCCGGGAAACACCGGUCCGGCGACAUUCGUUCCCGAAGGCCCGUUGUCGUUCCGUGACGCAGCGGGUAACUACUUCACGGUCGAAUCGAAACGGAAAAAUCGCCGGCAAAGUUGCGCAACAUGUACAUUCAACGGAGAACAUCGAAGAAUUUUCUAAAAAUCUUGUAUCGACACGUCGAUCACUGGCUCGUUCUGCGUCCACGUACAGGGUGUACGAAAACGUUUUGGUCGCUGGCGAUUUGUUAAAAGCACUUACCACAACACUCGCCUCGAGCGUAUCUCUGAAGGUCAAACGGUAUUUCUUGUUGGAUCGUGUCUUACGCGCUGUGGGAAUAAAAAGUGCGAACGGAAGCAUGGGUCGUGGGUGACCCGUGGAGAAAUUGUUCAAAGUUUCGUUGACCUUCAACUGACGGCGUACGUCGACUUUGACAUAUUAUCACUUUGCAAAUCAAACUAUAACAUAUUUGGUCUUCACUUAAAGGUUAACUGUCGCAAAGCGGUGGCCGGGUCUAUUUCGACCCGGAGUAUUCAAAUCGUUCGCUCAAUUUCCAGCAAUUAAAUGGAAUAAAUUGCUGUUACAUUAGGGACAACGGAAAGGCUAUUAAGUAUGCAGGAAAUAUCUCCGAAAAUGUGUUUUGAAACAUUGCUGAACGAUGCUCGAAAUUGUUGUAAACAUUGUCUACAGUAUAGUUGUAAAAAUGAUCCGCCGUCUGUGGGUCGAUCGUUCCUAUGGUUUUACUCGUAUCUCGCGAGGGUCAUUUGUGACUCAUUCGAACGAUCACCGCAAGUCUCCAAUAGAAAUGGCUCGACCUUGGAGACUUCGUUCAAGGUCGACUUUGUGGCAAGCCUUUCUAAUGAAUCUCCGCCGAUGGGGACGUUUCCGUAGACCCUGUUUAUGUAUAUGAACUAUAAAUAUAUACAGUGAUAUACAGGUAUACAUAAUAGCAUAUAUACACACAUACGUAUAUACAUAUACAUAUAUAUAUUAUACAAUGAAGUUAUGAAGUGUUUUAGAGACAUCCGUGUUGCAUCUCAGGUGGUGCUUCUUCCGGCACAGAGGGAACGCGAUGGAUUCGAGUUGUAUCUUUUUGAUAGUUCUCAUUUUUUUUUCGAUAUGAUUUCGACUGGGCUCGCCACGCCGUGGAACGAGCCCUUGCCAAUUCGACUUACGAUUAUCGUUGAUUAUUAGACUGCGGAUUUUAUGCGUUCAUCACGAGAACGAUUUCAAUUUUCGACAAGCGUCAAAGAAAGAGGGGAGUUAGUAAACGGCUCCUGUGACGUGCAAUAAAUUUUCAUUUUGCGUGAAGAUCCGCAGUCUGUUGAUUACAGUCUUCCUCCGACGAGACAUUGUCAUCGAUAUUUUUACGUUAGGAAAUUGUUCUGAUUUCGCGCGAUGUUCAUACCCAUUCCUACGGUCACGUCUACUUAAUGAAAUCAAUGUUGGUUCGAAUCUACAAAGAUCAAAAUACACUAGUAAUUUCUGCAAGCAAUCUUGUCUUUUGCAUUUUUACAUUGCGAAAAAUAUUGUUCUGAUCUUUCGUCAGUUUAUAGACAUUCCUACUGCUAUGUCUGCCAAAGUAAAUCGAAGAUAAUACGAAUCUAUAAAUUUUCAGAGGGUAACAAUAAUAAUUUUUAUCAUCAAUCUUGCUUCCCAUAUUUUUCCAUUGUCAAAUGAAUUGUUCUGAUUUUCUGUCGGUUUAUAGACACACUCCUAAAGCUCUACUUAAUUAAAUUAAAAUCGAUUGAAACCGACAAACUUCAAGACACAGAAGUAAUUCCUAGAACAAAUCUCUUCCUUUCUAUUUUUGCAUAACGAUAUUGUUCUGAUUUCGUGCGAAGUUUACAGUCAUUGCUAUGACAGCCAACGCUGUGACAGCUAUGUUAGCUACUGAAUGGUAUCCAAAGACAGUGUCUCGUUCAAGGAGUGCAUAGUAGAUUCGGUUCACUGUAAACGCAUUUUCUUCGAUCGAGCUUGCGCAUAUCGACGCAGACUGACUCUGUGAUGCAUCCGUCGCUCAAAAUCUCGAUCGUUAGCUGGCGAUUAUCGAAACACCAACUUCGAAAAUCGAUUACACAGUUGCGCGUCGCGAUCCAAGCGAUAUCUCGUUCGAGAGGAUUGGUAAUUUGUUUUGCGGCUUAAUUGAGCAGCGAUAGUACCGUGUGUCGGUAAUACCUCGCAGGAAUCCCUGAUUUAUCAGCAGCCGGUAACACGUCCUCGCUUUACCAUCAAUUCUUGCUGCCAGAUUCCGAUUGUUUCAUGUGACUCGCCACUUGGGUAGCGUUACUGGCUAAUUCUAAAAUCGAAAUGAAAUCAAAAGUUGUUACGCGCGCACGAAAAUCAAAAGCCGGAGACGAGUGCCGCACAAUUUCCGCGUUCGCUGUCACCGUUCUAAGAAUCCUGAUUAGGCUUGUUGUAAUGUUAACCAUCGCUGGAUCCGUUCGAAUUCUUACGCAUCGAUUUUAUUAUUAUUAUUAUUACUAUUAUUUAUGAAUUAAAUAGUCAAAAUGCCCGUUAGAUUAUUGAAUAUAGUAUAUACAGUGAUUUAAAUCGAAAAUAUAUUGUGCAAAUUGUGGGAAUCAGAAAAAAAAUUGAUGUUGUAGGAGUUUUUAUAGGAUAUUUAUUUAUUUAAGAUCACAGAGCUGAUCUUUUUGUCGAGCAAUUUCGGCUGCUAGAAAAACAACAUCUAGAUGGGAAAUAUGGAACUCCGGGUCAAAAAGGACCCAAGUUCCGCUGAUCAAUGUGUAAAUAAAAAUUGAUGUGCAAUCGACGUUGGUAUAAAUAAUUUAUAAAAAUGUAUCUUGCUUAAAGUCAUACGUGCUAAUUCUUUCUAUCUUUUUGUUCAAAUUAUUUUGCAAUUUUACGAUUUCGUGGUUAGAACGCGCUUUGUUCUCUUGCGAGUGAAAGUAUUUUGAACUUCGACAGCGAACGAGUCGCCAGUUAUGGUCGUGAGGGACACGGUGUUACCUGAUAGCAGCAACAUGAUAUUGUAUAACAUAAUCGAAACGGGAGACAGAUGAAUAUUUUUGUGAAAUUCCUAAGCCGAGAACAAAAGAUACGGCUAUCAUGUUGACGAACUGCAUCCAUAUGCAAUAUUUCCUCGUAGACUAUCUGUAAGCAUAGUUAUUUUUCAAUGUAAAACGACUGUGUAGCUGUACGUUAGGCAAAUACAUAUAUACAUAUACAUAUA